AUGAAAUUUGAGAGAAUGAAAUCAGUGAUGGAAUUUGCGGAGCGUCCUGAGUUGAAGUUAUCCUCUCAUGGGAGGAAGGUCCAUAGUUUAGGCAGGUCUGUCCUUGCCAUUGAGGGACUAGUUGUUGGGACAGGACUAAGUCCUCUGAUCGCGUGUUCGAUAGACACUGGCGAUUGGGGACUUUUGUCCUUGUUUGUUGAGCAGUGGCACCGAGAGACGUCUAGUUUCCAUCUCCCUGUGGGAGAGCCCUUGCACGUGGAUGAUGCAGUUCAGAUGCUGGUGGACAUAUUGAUGGUCUCUGCAAAGGCUGCCAGGGCUGAGAUAGGGCAGUGUCAUGGACCGUACGUACGCCCUCAAUGGGUACGUGAUAUCUACGAGCGUCGAUGCCAGGCAGGUCAUUGGACAGUUGCGGCUCGUGAGUAUCUUCUUCAUCUUCUGGGUUGGACUCUAUUUGCUAACAAGAGUGCAACCAAUGUUCAUGUUGUGUAUUUGGAGGCCCUUCGUGACCUCAGUCAGACCGGGAGGUACGCCUGGGGAGUAGAUGCGCUGGUGCAUAUGUACGACCACCUGAACGAUGCCUCUAUCAGCAGUAGCCGACAACUUGGCGAUUACAUCACACUACUGCUGUGCUGGAUAUACAAGCACUUUCCCUCAGUCGCAGAGUCCACUGCUGAUCAAGACUACAACGAGGAUUCACCGCAUGCCUGUAGGUGGAUUGCCACGAAGAAGACCGUGAAGAGCAUACGUACACCGGCGAACAGGGAGCGCCUGGACCGACUCUGGAUUCCGGAUGUCUGUUGGAUCCCAUAUGGGGAGCACCGACCGGUCUGGGACUUCCAUAUGAUUUCAUGCUAUUCUGGUCUCUUGCGGUGGGGGCCCGUUGCUGUGUAUUACCAACCAGAGAGGGUUAUGCGACAGUUUGGAUACACCCAGACCAUUCCUGCUCCGCCUGUCGAUUCAUGGGUGUCAUAUGAUGAUAUACACGACAGGUGGAUGCACUAUUCGAAUCAUAUGGUUCUAGCAGGCCAGACAUCAGAUCCUCUGCCAAAUGGUCAUGCUUUGCAAUCCCGAGUCAUCCCUCAGGCCCCAGAGACAGAUAUCCCUCACGUGCUAGAGCCAGGAGCACCAUCGACAUCUGCGAGGCCCGCUGUGGAGGAGCCUAGACAUGCAAUGGAAGUUUGCUAUGGGAUUGUUGAGAGGUUGGAGCACCAUUUGAGCCUAGGGGUGGUCACGCCAGGCUUAUCGACACAUGAGGUGAUCGAAGAAUGCCUCAGGAUGGUCAGGAGUGUCACACAAGACCAGCUAGUAUAUGUUAGGUCUCGACGUAGGCAGCACACAGAUCAAGCGUAG